AUGACUAUUAGAUUUGUGCCCCACCCCGCGCCGGAGGUAGAGCCUGAAGAGAGCUAUUCCCCCGAUGUGGUGAAGGACGAAGAGAGAUAUACCCCCGACGUGGUAGACGACGAAGAGGAAUAUACCCCCGACGUGUCAGAGGACGAAGAGAGUCAUACCCCCGAAGAGCAUGAGGAGAUAUGUCCCCCCGACGUGCUCCUUAUCAGCAAGGACGGUGGAUCUCAGGAGGUGCACAGCGGUCUCCUUGCCGAGUACUCUAAAUAUCUCAGGCGAUGUUUCGAAUUCAGUGUAAGCAACCCCCCAGGCACAGCCCACCUCAUCACUAAUGCCUCAAUCCUGAAGGACAAUGGCCCCUGGCGUGUCAAAACCAACUUCAGCCUACGCAGCAUCAAGUACCUGGUCGAGUUCCUCUACACUGGAGAAGUCCAACUCCCGAGAUACCAGCCCCCGGGACUCUUCUUUCCUUAUGGCCGUCAAUACAGCUCGUUAUACGACCAAAGGCAGCGAAGGGAAGAGCACGCAUUCAAUAUAUUCAGCAUACUCGUUGAAGUGCACAACCUCGCGCUCUGCUACCACGUUGACCAGCUCCGGAUAGCGGCGGAAGAGCGGAUCACCAGAGUCCUGGCAGACUGUACGGGCAAGAUGGACUUGUUUCGCGGGGCGGCAUGCAUUUUGGAAAACGGGAUAGACGAGACGAACAAGGCUCUCGCAACGGUCCAUGUGAUUAAGAUGCUGCAUUUGUACUCUUCCAACAAACGUUUCCCGCACUUUAUGUGGACCCGGGCAUGGUGCACCGCGCUCAAGAGGAUGCCGCGGGAAGCCGCGCAAGAAUAUUAUAACUUGCUUGCGGGCUAUAUCCGUCUUAAUGAUAGUGAGCCCGCUAAGGAGGCGAUGGAAAGCUUGCCAAUGCAUUACAAUUGGGUGAUGUCUUUUAGGAGUCAUCAAAGUUUGUGA